AGUCGGGUAGGAUCAUACGGGUUUGGACCCUCAUUUUCUACCCAUCUCAGAAGCCGGCUAGAGCUGUUGCAGAACAGGAAAAAUGGCGCAGAUUCUCAGUCUUCCUCCACCAAACCCAAGUUACAGAAACCAAACACCGCAACAACAACACAGUUCAACUCGGCGAAGACUCACCGCUUCGACUAGCUCAACUCACAGCUGGACCUCCGUUUCGCACUCCGUCAAGUGCAACGGCAGGGUUUCAUGCCUCUUCUCGGACAAUCGCAAACAGGAUCAGGCUCGAAAAGCCUUAGAAGGUGCCCUAGGUGAAAAGAAAACAGAGUUUGAGAAAUGGAACCAAGAGAUUAAAAAGAGAGAGGAAGCUGGCAGUGGAGGAGGAAACUCCGGAGGAGGUGGCGGUUGGUUUGGGUGGCGUGGGUGGUUUGGUGGCUCCGAUGGUGACCGUUUCUGGCAGGAAGCACAGCAAGCAAGUCUUACUAUUUUAGGCAUUUUUGUUGUGGUAACGUUUUGGAAUCUUUCUAAUUAUUUUCCCGUUAAAUAUGAUACCGUUACAGAAGGCUCGGACUAG